AGUUCAUUUUGUUGGAUUUUUCUCCCCCGCAGAGUGAGUUAAUAAAAACAGCUUUUUCAGCUGAAAGCAGGAAGAAGGACUGAUCAAUAAUGUGACAGAAACCUUUGGCUGCUGGGGGAUUUUCUGUUUGUCACUCGUGACCUAUGAACCAUUGAACAAUCAUGGCGUUCAUCAACAGAGAAACAAAUCGUGUCUUCUUCUUCUUCUUCUCACUGAUCAUGGCUCCUUUCCCAGCAUGCACUGGGACUCCAGGAGGGGGAAUGUUUAUGGACAAACAGGGAGCCAGCGUUUUCCUGCACCGCAGCCGUAGAGCCAACUUCAUGCUGGAGGAGCUGAGGCAGGGCAACCUGGAGAGAGAAUGUCGGGAGGAGAAAUGUUCUUACGAGGAGGCCAAGGAGAUCUUUGCUACAACUCAGCAGCUGGAGAACUUCUGGAGGACAUACACAGCUGUAGACCACUGCUUAUCAUCUCCCUGUAAGAACGGAGCAACCUGCACUCGUCACAUCGACAGCUACAGCUGCAAAUGUCCUCCUGGUUUCCAUGGAUUCAACUGUGACAAAGUGCGCUCAACAUCAACCAGCUGUCGCAGUAAAAAUGGAGGAUGUGAACAUUUCUGCAGACAGCUUCCUGAUCGUUCCUUCAGCUGUUUCUGUGCUCCAGGAUACAGUCUGAGUCCAGACAACAGCAGCUGUCUGCCUCAAGGUCUGAGCUAUGAUCCUGUUGUAUGUGGAAGACAACUUGUCCAUUUUGCUCCCAGGAUUGUUAAUGGGCAGAUGUGUCCUCCAGGACAGUGUCCCUGGCAGGCUUUGUUAACCGAACACCACAAAUUCUCCUGUGGAGCCAUCAUCCUAUCAAACAUGUGGAUUUUAACUGCAGCUCACUGUGUUCACCUGAAACCUAUCGCCAUCUUUCAUGUCACCGUUGGUAAAAAUGACCUGUUUGUGCGUGAGAAAACCGAGCAGCAGCAGCGUGUCCUCAAAGUUGAAAUCCACCCCAGUUACAACCAGUCCACCUAUGACAGUGACCUGGCUCUGCUGAAGCUCCACCACCCAAUAAAACUGAAUACCUACGUGGUGCCCAUCUGCCUCCCCGCCCAGAACAGCACCUUCCCCCGAACCCUGUCCAUGAUCCGCCAAUCCACAGUGUCUGGAUGGGGUCGCUUGCUUCAGUUCGGCUCUCCUGCCCGGUAUCUGCAGCGCCUGGUGGUGCCGAGGGUCCACUCACAUGAAUGUCGCCUCCACACACAGCUCAACAUCACCAAGAACAUGUUUUGUGCUGGGCGGAGAAGUGGCGGCCAGGAUGCAUGUGAAGGUGACAGUGGCGGUCCGCUGGUUACCCGCUACAAAAAGACCUGGUUCCUGACGGGUGUGGUGAGCUGGGGGAAGGGCUGUGCCAGAGAAAACAUGUACGGAGUUUACGCCAAGGUCAUCAACUUCCUGGACUGGAUCCAGGACACAAUGGCCAUUGGCUGAAACUAGUCCAGACCAGAAUUUCAGUCCAGUUUUGGAAAAAAAAUUCAUUGUAAUAAACAUGUAAUAAACAGCAGAUUUGUAUCUCUUAAUUUUAGCCUAAUCUGUUUACAAGUUUACAGUAGAAAAACAAACAAAAAAAGAAUAUGUAAUUCCAAAAUAGUUUUAACAGUUUGCUAUAUAAAGUUUGGUCUUUAACAGUUGAUAAAAAUUAAAAUAAAUUACCAUUAUUGUCAUUUGCUAAAGCUUUGAUGUUUUUCAGUUAAUUUAUUUGUCAGAUAAAAAAUUUUAAAAAUAAAAUUUUCUGUUUCUUUUAGCA